UCGAGUCGAGUGUUCUGUGAUUUGUGAUUUGAUAGUUUUAUUUUAUCCUCCUAGAUUUGAGUAGGUAUAUACUGUUCAAAUGAAACUAGUUUUCAUAACUUGGUAAUUAAUUACACCGUAGUGGUCCCAUAUUAGACAAAAUAAAAGUGCAUUAAUUUCUUCGAUUGCAACAAAUCGAUUUCAUAUAAGAAUCUUUUAUUUGAUUGUGAUAGAAAUUCGGAUAUAAUGGCUUCGGAAGUGUUAACUAAUGCUGGGAAUGAAAUCCGAGAAAACUUGGUGACGACAGCAGUCAAAUUCCUCUCGAACCCAAGCGUACAACGCUGCACCAUGGAAAGCAAGGAACGGUUUCUACGAGCAAAGGGCCUCACCGACGUUGAGAUUCAACGGGCCAUCGAGAAGUGUGGAGAGCUAGUUGACAUGUCUUCCUUCUCUUCAGAGCUGAGGUUCUUCCAGCAUUCGCAAGGCUCGUGGUUCAGAGAACGGAUUGUACCGCUGAUCGUGUAUGGCGGUUUCGCGUACGGAUGCUACUGGUUUUACAGGAACUGCAUCAAACAGCUAAUCUUCGUAGAACAGCCAAAAAGGAAAACAACAGCAGAAUGUAUAGAGGAGUUACGUAAAUCUCUAGACAUAAUGAAUGCGAGUAUCACCUCGCUAAGGGGGGAGUUACAAGUGGGGGUACAGCAAAACGCGCUCAGGUCGCAACUCGACAAUCUUAAAGAUGACAUCGCGUCUGUUAAAGGCAUUUUAUUGAAUAGAAACCAAUUCCCCUCACUAAAAACGCGUACUGAACCGCCAUCAAUACCCGCCUGGCAGCGUCAAUCACAAGAAGCAACAUCUAGCGAACCGGCUGUAGAGAAGAAACGGCCAAGAUCGCAGCGCUCUGAGUCCGGCGGCUCCAACUCUAGCGAGGGGGAACAGGCCACCAAGAACAGCGACAGUAGCCUGGAAAUUAUUACGUGAAGAAAACGACAUAGCCUAGCCGCUAUAAGGUUAAACCGAAACAAACUGUAGUGUGUGUGACAAUAUUGCACUUACUGAAUCAGUAACAAGACACUAACAGUGUGGUGAAACUUAAUAUUGUAACUUCUAUGUGUUGUUAUAUGUGUAGAGAAAUGAUGCAUUCAAAAUUUAAAUUGGUGUCGGUAUAAACCGUGCCGAAAAAUGAUGCUUUUAAAAUUUUCAGCACGGAUAAUUUGCCAGUCUCAGGAGCGUAUGUGUGUAAUUAAACAUUACUGUUUAAUGUUCGUCUAAAAAUAUAAUUCUCUCACAUUGCUGUUUGUGUGAAAAAUAAGUGUGAAUUACAAUAAUGCUGGCUUGCUUUCGUAAAGAACUUGAACUGUAUAAACGUUAAGAUUAUCAAGUGCUUGCCAAAUAUGAAAUCUAUGUAUUGCAUAUUUUACCUCUAAUAUGUACGCGCACAAUUUUAACCUUACCUAUUUAAAUAAAUUAUAUAUCUUCAAUAAUACCUCAUCGUAACAAAUAUAUUAUUUUUGUGUAUAAAAAAUCCAUGCUGGUAUCCCUAUUAAUAUAUUGUCAAAAAACACGA